UUACACAUAUUAAUGGAUUUCAAUGAACAGAGCCAUUCAUCUCGGUUCCAAUUUCUCAGGGCAGCAUAGAGCUGUCAUGCUUGCUGCAGACAAGAAGUGCACAUGCUUGUAAUCAUCCAAAGUGCUGUCAGUAAGCUUUAUGUUCAGCAUCAUGUUCAGCACACCAGCAACUUCUCCACCAUUCUCCACCCCCUAGAUGUGGACUACAAUACUUAAGGUUAUUAACUUCUUUCACAAACCCUUCUUGUCAGAGCAGGAUAAACAAAUCUCGUAACCACCGCACUGCCUUGUCCCGAAGAGAGCAGCAGCAGCAGCUCUGUUUGCCUUUUGGUUGGUGACAACACAGGAACAUGUGGUCUUGCAGCGGCCAAUACGAAGCCCAGAGCAGGCGAUCAACACUGUCAGACUACAGCAGCAGCAGCAGCAGCAGUGCUGGCACCAGAGAGGAACUCCGCCGUCCGUCCCCCUGCAGAAAGCAACCCCCUCUAAAAGAGACAGAGAGAGAGGGGGAGAGACACAGAGGAUUUGUUAAUAGAGCAGAGGAGGAUGAGGAAGCAGUGGGAAGGGGACGUUUUAGAAGAGGCUGCACAGAGGCAAAAACAAGUCUGUGUGAUCCAGGUCUCAAGAUGUAGGAGCGGCAUCAGAGGAGUCCAAAGUCAGUGUGUGUGUGUGUGUGUGUGUGUGUGUGUAUGUGUGUGUGUGAACGCACCAUAACAUCAUAGGACUUGUGUUUCAAGGAUAGUGAAGGUGGCAACUUGAGAAGUCCUCCCCUCUACCUCCACAGAGGAUGUCAAAUUAGUCCUUAUUCAGCAAGGAGCGAGAGCAUCAACCUGAGGAUCAGAUGUUGUCCACGGCUCAGCAGAUGCUGCAGGAUAGCCGCUCCAAGAUCGAGCUGAUCCGACUGCAGAUUAUCAAAGUCACCCAGGCUGGCAGCAGCAGUGGAAUUGGCGAGGAUGGUGGUGGAGACCCCACUCAUGGAGGGAUCUCUCCUGUCAGUGCUGUGGAGGCUCGUUUGGCAGAGUUGCAGCACUACAUGCAGAGAGAGACCGAUGCCUUGGUGCUGGCCAAAGAUGUGGUGAAGCAGCUGGAGGGAAUCUCAGCGCUGGACCAGAAGGCACUGACUGAGGCUCAGACCCGGGUGCAGGAGUCCUCCCAGAAGCUGGAUCUUCUGCGGCUGUCUCUGGAUAAGUGCAGGAAGGAAACCAACCAGGAGCCUGCAGGGGGGGCCGUUCCUUCUGAGGGAAGUCAGUCUCCUAAAAACUCCAGACCUGGAUGUCCCCUGUCCACGUCCCCGUCCAUCUUCUCUUUCAGACCUGCCUUUUUGACUGGGAAACUUGAAGUCACACUUUUUGGAUGUGAGGAUGUACUGACAAACCCAGAGCAGGAGAACCAUCUUUCUCCCUCUGAAGACAAUCCAGAUGCUCACAGGACACAGGAACAACCUGUGGAGAUCAGUGCGGUGCUCCGAUUGGACAGCAGAGUGGUGGGACAGACGCGCUUGGCUGCUGUCGGCAGGCUGACCUGGGAUCAGACGUUCUGCAUCCAGCUGGAGCGGUCUCGAGAGCUGGAGGUGGCUGUUUUCUGCCGGGACCGGAGGGCGAUGUGUGCCGUCAAGUUGCUGCGACUGGAGGACAUGAUGGACAACCAGGACCACAACCAGGAGUUCCCUCUGGAGCCACAGGGCCUCCUCCAUGCCAAGGUACAUGCAACAACUUCCUGGUGUUAG